UCUGACGGAGCAAGUGACAAUUCAGCGUAGUCUGGCUUUCGGGUCGGAGUUGUAAAAUAUUGCAUCAAAUUAUACACACUUUAAUGUAUUUUUAUAUUUGUGAUGAGUAGGUUAUGUGUUUACUUGGCAUAAGAGGAGUACUAAGAUUCGCUUUCUGUGGGAGACUGACUCAAAAUUACUUUCCUUGAGUUAUUGGAAGGCUACGAUUACUUUUGCUUGGACCUUGGAAGGCUCUCUGAAAACUGCCACCUUGACAUGUAUUCCCGUUUUCUAACAUGCAACGACAACACUGUAUAAGGUUCUGGCCUGCUGGUUCAUGCGGUUCCAUUCCAGCCUUCUCUGUGCUCUGACCACAGCACCCGCCGGGGACCUCAAGCACAUAAAUGGUAGCUCCACACAACUCCAACCCCUGACACACUCUGUACAAUAAAAUAUUUAGAAAGACCAGAAGACCAGAAGAAAGUUGAACAGGAAAUUUAGGCAGCAAAAGAGAUUUUCCGUCUCUCAGGCCUCCCUUGACUUGGCAUCCGUAACCGGACUGGGAGUUGAGACCGCUGAUUUGAGGCUGUGAGUGUCCUCCCCUCUACUGCUUCACAUUCCCUCACCUGUCAGCUGUGUGUGUUUCUGUGAAGACAGUAACUCUGAGGUAGGUUGAUGAGGCUGUGCCUUAGCAUGGCGCUGUGAGGAAGCCGCUGCCUGGACUCUGGACGGACGCUAGUGAAGCGCUAACACACCUUGGACCAUCAUGGGGAAGGAGCAGGACCUACUGCAGGCUGUCAAGACCGGAGACCUGCCCUCCACUCAGAAACUACUGGCCAAGCUCAAAGCCAGCCGAAACAAGUUGUUGGGCUCCACGAAGAGACUGAACGUCAACUACCAGGAUGGAGAUGGGUUCUCAGCUCUCCACCAUGCUGCUCUGACCGGAACUACAGACCUGCUGUCUGUGCUGCUGGAGGCCCAGGCCACCGUUGACAUCAAGGACAGGAACGGUAUGCGUCCGCUCCACUAUGCAGCAUGGCAGGGCAAGGCUGACUCUGUCCUUAUGCUGCUGCGGGCCGGAGCUGGAGUCAAUGGGGUCUCACAGGAUGGACACAUCCCCCUGCACCUGGCCGCACAGUACGGACACUAUGACGUGUCUGAGAUGCUACUGCAGCACCAGUCCAACCCCUGUCUGAUCAACAAAACCAAGAAGACCCCCCUAGACCUGGCCUGUGAGUUCGGUAGAGUCAAGGUUGCUCAGCUGUUGUUGAGUAGUAACAUGGUGGUGGCUCUGUUAGAGGGUAAUAGUAAGGAACCUGCAGACUCAGGCUUUAACACUCCGCUGCAUCUCGCCGCACGCAACGGACACAAGGACAUCAUCCGGUUGCUGCUGAAAGCGGGCAUCGACAUCAACAGGGCCACUAAGGCUGGCACUGCCCUACACGAGGCUGCCCUCUACGGCAAGACGGAGGUGGUCAGACAGCUGCUAGAGGCUGGUAUAGACGUGAACAUCCGUAACACGUACAACCAGACAGCCCUGGACAUGGUGAACCAGUUCACCACCUCCCACGCCAGCAAGGACAUUAAGCAACUCCUACGAGAUGCUACAGGUGUCCUGCAGGUGAGAGCUCUGAAAGACUACUGGAACGUCCACGACCCCACUGCUCUCAACAUCCGGGCCGGGGAUGUCAUCAUGGUCCUAGAGCAGCACAUGGACGGGCGCUGGAAGGGGCACAUCCACGACAGCCAGAGGGGCACCGACCGGGUGGGCUACUUCCCCCCGAACAUUGUAGAGGUCAUCAGCAGACGCUCAGGGGGCACCCUGUCCCGGCACGCCUCUCUGCCCACCCAGCGCCACCAGCUCCUCUCCAGAGCCCCCCUCUCCUCCAGCCUGAGCUCAGCCCCCCAGACCGACGACUCCUACACACUGUACACCCCCAACAAUCCCCACCUGGCCCUCCCCCACACCAUCGGCCUCAGCGCCAACCCAGGUCGGCCUCCCAGCAGCCUCUCUCAGCCUGGUUGUCCCAAGGAGGACAUCUGGGUGCUCAGGAACUCACACACCACUGCAGGUGACAGGAACAGUGUAGGGAGUACGGGCAGUGUGGGCAGCACCCGUAGUGCUGGGAGUGGACAGAGCACAGAGAGUAACACUGCUGUCAACGGACAACACCACCAGACCACCGCACUCCCAGACACAGCCAAACCAGCGCCCUCUGCUGGUGACUCAGGGCAACCAGUCCCCAAUAAACAGCCUGACCUGACUGCAGUGGUUCUGGGUGCUCCUCGGAGGCCGAUGGUGAACAUACAGAGACCAGGGGAACAGCAGUUUGUCUCCCCACAGUUUGUACGUCCUCAGCAGCUACUGGAGGGCAAGGAUGCAGAGGCCAUCUACCAGUGGCUGAGUGACUUCCAGUUGGAGCAGUACACUGGGAACUUCAUCACGGCCGGCUACGACGUCCCCACCAUCAGCAGGAUGACCCCAGAGGACCUGACGGCCAUCGGCGUCACAAAGCCAGGCCACCGCAAGAAGAUCUCAAUCGAGAUAGGAAACCUCAGCAUCCCCGAGUGGCUGCCUGAAUACAUCCCGGCAGACCUGGGGGAGUGGCUGAGUACCAUAGGCCUGCCUCAGUACCAAAGGAAGCUGUCAGAGAACGGCUAUGACUCCAUCAGCAUCGUACGGGACCUGACCUGGGAGGACCUGCAGGAGAUAGGCAUCACCAAGCUGGGCCACCAAAAGAAGAUGAUGCUGGCCGUGAAGAAGCUGUGUGACAUCCAGAGGGCCAUCCUGGCUGCAGAAUCUGGCCAGGGCACGUUGCGCCGCAAGCCCCCUGGAGCCCUUCACCUGGUCACCAUCGAGCCCCCUGACAGCUCCUCCGACUGCCCCUCGCCCCACACCCCCAAGAUGCUGACCUUCCAGGACAGUGAGCUGAGUGCUGAGCUGCAGACAGCCAUGUCCAGCCACUACCAGGAGGGCCUGGCCUUUAAGAGUGCUGUGGGCAUGUCUCGGAGCCAAGAGAGCAUCGACGCCCGGUCCAGGGGCUCAGGGCGCUCCCAGGACCCCCCCACAGCCUCCAUCACUCCCCACAGCCUCUCACAGGAGAGCCUAGGCAGCAGCAGCACCUCCACCAGCCUCAGUGCUGACAGCAGCCCUGCCAAGGAGAGGAACAUUCCAGAAGGCUGGGACCAGAGGUCCAUACUACAGCAGCAGCUUCCCAAGCAGGUCCCCCUGGGGGCAGCCACCGUGUUCCAGUACCCAGCCAUCCCAGCCAAGCCUAAAGGCCCUGGGUCUCACUCCCUAGGCUCCUCUCCCCAGGGCUCCCCGGCCCAGAGGGGCUUCAGUUACCUCCACUCCCACUGUGGCAGCACCGACCUGGGCCACGGCUCGCCCACCAAGCCCUUGGCACACACCUACCACGCCAUGACCCUGGCCCCGCCUAAGAAGCGCAGCCAGAGCCUGACACGCUAUGCCCUGUCAGAUGGCGAACCAGACGAAGAGGAUGACGACCUGGCUCCACCCUCUAGCACCCUAGAGUCCUACGCCACCCUGACCCGCCGGCCCGGACGCAGCCAGCUGGCAGGCAUGCAGAUCCCACCCGUAAAGUACGGCACUGUGGGACGUAGCCAGUCCUUUGCCGUGCGAGCUCGUAAAAAGGGUCCCCCUCCAGCCCCACCCAAGAGACUGAGCUCGGUGAGCAGUAGCCUCAGCGUUGGGUCCACUGAGAAUAUGGCGCCCUCUCCUGGGGGGGUGGAGACAGACAGUCCAGGGAGCGUGAGGAGCAUCGCAGCCUGUCUGGAGGCCUCCACUGAGGGGAAGAGCCUGUCCAGGCCCAGGUUGGACCUCCUCCAACCAGAGCCUCCCCUCCCCAGCCUCACCCCCUCAGGACUGGAGCCCAGAGAGGCCUCUGCAGGGAUGAGGAGGAGGGUGCAGAGCGAAUGUGUUCCAGCCCAGACCGACAUCCAAGACCAUUACCCAGUCCCAGAGCGAGGGGUGAAGUCAGACUCUGAGGAGGAGGAACCUAAGACACCGGGUUUGGAUGGCUCCUCAUCCCCACACAAUAGCUCCAGCGAGUGUAUCCCCUUCGCCGAGGAGGGCAACCUCACCAUCAAGCAGAGGCCCAAGGUGGGAGGGCCGCCCAGGGCCGAGAGCACUGUGGAGAUCCCGGCAGACAAGAACGGGCCCACCAAGACAGCCCUGGAGGUGCCUGAGUUUAACCUGAAGGAGUCAGACACUGUGAAGCGGAGAUACAAGCCUAAAGACCAUGCUGGCAGCUCUCCCACCAGUGACAGUGAGGGCCAGAUAGGGUCAGACUCCAGUCCAGGCAGCAGGCCCCAGUCCCAAAGCUGUGAGGAGGUGAGUCUGGUCAGUCUGAGGAUCAGUGAGGCCAGUCUGGAGGGGCUGGAGAACCUAGCAGUGACAGGCACACCCCUCAAACCCCCCGUCUCCCCCAAGCCUCACAGCUCCCACGGACCCCCCGUCACAGCCCCAAAACCAUCCCGACACAGUCUGGCUGCUGCUACAGCCAUAGUGCCGCCCACUAUGACUGUCAAUGUGGUACAGACUCUUGCCUUCUCAGCCCCACCAUCACCCACACCCAGCCGGUGUCCCCCAGCCCCAGGGCUUCAGUGCCAGGCAGCCCAGACAGGCAAGCCCCAGGUCUGUGUGGUCGGCCCAGGCCCAGGGGUAGAGUCUGGCCCGGGGUUAGAGGUGGUGCAGCAGCAGAGGCUGGAGCAGACCAGCACCUCUCUGGAGGCAGCACUGCAGGCUGUGGAGAGAAAACUCACCCAGGAGGACAGCACUGACGGUGGGUCUAACACAGUGAAGUCAACUGGCAACAUUCUGGAUGACAUUGGCAACAUGUUUGAUGACCUUGCUGACCAGCUAGAUGCCAUGCUGGACUAAGCCCUCUAUCCACUCCACUGACCAGCCCAUUGACCCUUGACCCUUCACCUCAGGAAGUACUAAUGACCAUGAGAGGGAGAAUGGAGCAGGUCACCCCACCUAAGUGUUAUCUCCGACCCCGACGCCCUUCAAACUACAGACCAACCCCCACCACCAGACUAACAGAAAACAUAUGGGACUACAUUGUAGGAUGUGCCAUGGAGUGGGAUGCUUUUAAUGAACAGUGUGGAUCCAUCUCCCUCCUCCCUUCCUCCAUGUUGUCACUUCCUCUCCUUUCAUCACCAGCACUUAACUCUGCUCUACAGUGCUUUGCCAUCAGUCACAAGAACCCUGUUGGUUUCAACACAGGGCCUGACUGACUGUAGAUACAUGAGGGAUGGACAACAUACUGUACCAGUACACUGUUGGUUUCAACACAGGGCCUGACUGACUGUAGAUACAUGAGGGAUGGACAACAUACUGUACCAGUACACUGUUGGUUUCCACACAGGGCCUGACUGACUGUAGAUACAUGAGGGAUGGACAACAUACUGUACCAGUACACUGUUGGUUUCCACACAGGGCCUGACUGACUGUAGAUACAUGAGGGAUGGACAACAUACUGUACCAGUACACUGUUGGUUUCAACACAGGGCCUGACUGACUGUAGAUACAUGAGGGAUGGACAACAUACUGUACCAGUACACUGUUGGUUUCCACACAGGGCCUGACUGACUGUAGAUACAUGAGGGAUGGACAACAUACUGUACCAGUACACUGUUGGUUUCAACACAGGGCCUGACUGACUGUAGAUACAUGAGGGAUGGACAACAUACUGUACCAGUACACUGUUGGUUUCAACACAGGGCCUGACUGACUGUAGAUACAUGAGGGAUGGACAACAUACUGUACCAGUACACUGUUGGUUUCAACACAGGGCCUGACUGACUGUAGAUACAUGAGGGAUGGACAACAUACUGUACCAGUACACUGUUGGUUUCAACACAGGGCCUGACUGACUGUAGAUACAUGAGGGAUGGACAACAUACUGUACCAGUACACUGUUGGUUUCAACACAGGGCCUGACUGACUGUAGAUACAUGAGGGAUGGACAACAUACUGUACCAGUACACUGUUGGUUUCAACACAGGGCCUGACUGACUGUAGAUACAUGAGGGAUGGACAACAUACUGUACCAGUACACUGUUGGUUUCAACACAGGGCCUGACUGACUGUAGAUACAUGAGGGAUGGACAACAUACUGUACCAGUACACUGUUGGUUUCAACACAGGGCCUGACUGACUGUAGAUACAUGAGGGAUGGACAACAUACUGUACCAGUACACUGUUGGUUUCAACACAGGGCCUGACUGACUGUAGAUACAUGAGGGAUGGACAACAUACUGUACCAGUACACUGUUGGUUUCAACACAGGGCCUGACUGACUGUAGAUACAUGAGGGAUGGACAACAUACUGUACCAGUACACUGUUGGUUUCAACACAGGGCCUGACUGACUGUAGAUACAUGAGGGAUGGACAACAUACUGUACCAGUACACUGUUGGUUUCAACACAGGGCCUGACUGACUGUAGAUACAUGAGGGAUGGACAACAUACUGUACCAGUACACUGUUGGUUUCAACACAGGGCCUGACUGACUGUAGAUACAUGAGGGAUGGACAACAUACUGUACCAGUACACUGUUGGUUUCAACACAGGGCCUGACUGACUGUAGAUACAUGAGGGAUGGACAACAUACUGUACCAGUACACUGUUGGUUUCAACACAGGGCCUGACUGACUGUAGAUACAUGAGGGAUGGACAACAUACUGUACCAGUACACUGUUGGUUUCAACACAGGGCCUGACUGACUGUAGAUACAUGAGGGAUGGACAACAUACUGUACCAGUACACUGUUGGUUUCAACACAGGGCCUGACUGACUGUAGAUACAUGAGGGAUGGACAACAUACUGUACCAGUACACUGUUGGUUUCAACACAGGGCCUGACUGACUGUAGAUACAUGAGGGAUGGACAACAUACUGUACCAGUACACUGUUGGUUUCAACACAGGGCCUGACUGACUGUAGAUACAUGAGGGAUGGACAACAUACUGUACCAGUACACUGUUGGUUUCAACACAGGGCCUGACUGACUGUAGAUACAUGAGGGAUGGACAACAUACUGUACCAGUACACUGUUGGUUUCAACACAGGGCCUGACUGACUGUAGAUACAUGAGGGAUGGACAACAUACUGUACCAGUACACUGUUGGUUUCAACACAGGGCCUGACUGACUGUAGAUACAUGAGGGAUGGACAACAUACUGUACCAGUACACUGUUGGUUUCAACACAGGGCCUGACUGACUGUAGAUACAUGAGGGAUGGACAACAUACUGUACCAGUACACUGUUGGUUUCAACACAGGGCCUGACUGACUGUAGAUACAUGAGGGAUGGACAACAUACUGUACCAGUACACUGUUGGUUUCAACACAGGGCCUGACUGACUGUAGAUACAUGAGGGAUGGACAACAUACUGUACCAGUACACUGUUGGUUUCAACACAGGGCCUGACUGACUGUAGAUACAUGAGGGAUGGACAACAUACUGUACCAGUACACUGUUGGUUUCAACACAGGGCCUGACUGACUGUAGAUACAUGAGGGAUGGACAACAUACUGUACCAGUACACUGUUGGUUUCAACACAGGGCCUGACUGACUGUAGAUACAUGAGGGAUGGACAACAUACUGUACCAGUACACUGUUGGUUUCAACACAGGGCCUGACUGACUGUAGAUACAUGAGGGAUGGACAACAUACUGUACCAGUACACUGUUGGUUUCAACACAGGGCCUGACUGACUGUAGAUACAUGAGGGAUGGACAACAUACUGUACCAGUACACUGUUGGUUUCAACACAGGGCCUGACUGACUGUAGAUACAUGAGGGAUGGACAACAUACUGUACCAGUACACUGUUGGUUUCAACACAGGGCCUGACUGACUGUAGAUACAUGAGGGAUGGACAACAUACUGUACCAGUACACUGUUGGUUUCAACACAGGGCCUGACUGACUGUAGAUACAUGAGGGAUGGACAACAUACUGUACCAGUACACUGUUGGUUUCAACACAGGGCCUGACUGACUGUAGAUACAUGAGGGAUGGACAACAUACUGUACCAGUACACUGUUGGUUUCAACACAGGGCCUGACUGACUGUAGAUACAUGAGGGAUGGACAACAUACUGUACCAGUACACUGUUGGUUUCAACACAGGGCCUGACUGACUGUAGAUACAUGAGGGAUGGACAACAUACUGUACCAGUACACUGUUGGUUUCAACACAGGGCCUGACUGACUGUAGAUACAUGAGGGAUGGACAACAUACUGUACCAGUACACUGUUGGUUUCAACACAGGGCCUGACUGACUGUAGAUACAUGAGGGAUGGACAACAUACUGUACCAGUACACUGUUGGUUUCAACACAGGGCCUGACUGACUGUAGAUACAUGAGGGAUGGACAACAUACUGUACCAGUACACUGUUGGUUUCAACACAGGGCCUGACUGACUGUAGAUACAUGAGGGAUGGACAACAUACUGUACCAGUACACUGUUGGUUUCAACACAGGGCCUGACUGACUGUAGAUACAUGAGGGAUGGACAACAUACUGUACCAGUACACUGUUGGUUUCCACACAGGGCCUGACUGACUGUAGAUACAUGAGGGAUGGACAACAUACUGUACCAGUACACUGUUGGUUUCAACACAGGGCCUGACUGACUGUAGAUACAUGAGGGAUGGACAACAUACUGUACCAGUACACUGUUGGUUUCCACACAGGGCCUGACUGACUGUAGAUACAUGAGGGAUGGACAACAUACUGUACCAGUACACUGUUGGUUUCAACACAGGGCCUGACUGACUGUAGAUACAUGAGGGAUGGACAACAUACUGUACCAGUACACUGUUGGUUUCAACACAGGGCCUGACUGACUGUAGAUACAUGAGGGAUGGACAACAUACUGUACCAGUACACUGUUGGUUUCAACACAGGGCCUGACUGACUGUAGAUACAUGAGGGAUGGACAACAUACUGUACCAGUACACUGUUGGUUUCAACACAGGGCCUGACUGACUGUAGAUACAUGAGGGAUGGACAACAUACUGUACCAGUACACUGUUGGUUUCAACACAGGGCCUGACUGACUGUAGAUACAUGAGGGAUGGACAACAUACUGUACCAGUACACUGUUGGUUUCAACACAGGGCCUGACUGACUGUAGAUACAUGAGGGAUGGACAACAUACUGUACCAGUACACUGUUGGUUUCAACACAGGGCCUGACUGACUGUAGAUACAUGAGGGAUGGACAACAUACUGUACCAGUACACUGUUGGUUUCAACACAGGGCCUGACUGACUGUAGAUACAUGAGGGAUGGACAACAUACUGUACCAGUACACUGUUGGUUUCAACACAGGGCCUGACUGACUGUAGAUACAUGAGGGAUGGACAACAUACUGUACCAGUACACUGUUGGUUUCAACACAGGGCCUGACUGACUGUAGAUACAUGAGGGAUGGACAACAUACUGUACCAGUAC